CUGGUGGCUGAGCCACCUGCUUAUAAGAGCUCUUCAUGCAAUCUGUUACGAUUUAUGGGAAACUUGGCAGAAAAUGGCGUUGGAUCGCCAGUACAGCUUAUCAAAUCACAAACAGACCUAAUACACAAUUAGACAUAAUUUCCCUGCUCACAGAAAGGACUGAAGGGACCAAUGGCGUCGCAUAUGUUUGAUCAUCUAGCUGUCGUGACUUCGUGUAUAGUUUCGUGCCAAAAGUUCUUAGUCGAUGGUGAAGCUAGCUUUUAAUUUCGGAUUUGCUUCCUGAUAGACAAAUGGAAGCAAAAAACACAGCGAUCCUUUUGAGGAACAGAGAAUACCACUCGUCCCUCACGCGAAAUUUUCUACGCAAACUGCAUGUCUAUCCUCCAUUUGUUGAACGACUUGGCUUGGAAAAAGAGUUAGAGGGCCAUACUGGUUGUGUUAACUGUCUAGAGUGGACUGAAUCUGGAGAGCUGCUGGCCUCAGGCUCAGAUGACCUUAAUGCUAUCAUCUGGGAACCCUUGUCCUACAAGAAGAAAUACGUCAUCGCUACUGGCCACACAGGCAACAUCUUCUCUAUCAAGUUCUUGCCCUGCACUGGUGACCGAAUAAUAGCAACGGCUGCAGCUGACACCAAAGUACGGAUACACAGCGUGGAAAAGAAUGAGACCACCCAAGUGUAUCACUGCCACAUAGGUCGAGUCAAGAGGCUUGCAGUGGCUCCAAACAUGCCUUCACUUGUGUGGAGUGCUUCAGAAGAUGGGACUAUAAGGCAAUUCGACCUGAGGCAGCCCCAUAGCUGUAACUCAAACAGCAAGAAUUGCAACAAUGUUCUCAUCAACUUGAACGUCCAUUCAAGUGCGCUGGCUGAGCCCAAAUGCAUUGCCAUCAACCCACUUCGUCCUAACAUGAUGGCGAUCGGUUGUAACGACCCCUUCGUUCGAAUCUACGACCACCGAAUGCUAGCAAAAUACAACCUCGAUAUCCGAACCUCUGGCGCUCAGAGCCCCGAAGAUUUCACUUUACCCGAAGGCUGUGUGACUUACUUCGCACCCGGCCACCUCCCGCCGAGGUUGACCCGAGAUUUUCCGAAAAAAUUCCGGACGUACGUGGCGACGUAUGUGACGUUCAGUCCGGACGGUAGCGAAGUUCUCACGAACAUGGGCGGGGAACAGGUUUAUCUGUUCGACAUCAAUCACCCGAAUAAGCCAGUCAGCUAUCAAAGAUUAACUGGCACAACAAAUGGUGUAGUCAAGAAUGUAAUAGACGGCAUGCAAAUCCAUCCAUCCGGUGGGGGAACUAAUGGGUAUACUCUGAACGGUUUAAAUGGGAAGACUCCCGUCCACGUAUACAAGAGUAGCCCAUAUCUUAAAGGCAAGGGCCUAGAUCUAGACCUACCUCCUAGGGCCCUGCAUCUAAAAACUAUAGGAAAUGAAGCCUUUUGCAAACAGCAGUUCUUGACCGCUGUAAACAUGUACAAUGAGGCGCUGAAUUUAGCGCCAAAUUCUGCGGUGCUUUAUGCCAACAGGGCUGCGGCUUUUAUCAAGAGAUCCUGGGAGGGGGACGUCUAUGCAGCGUUGCGUGACUGUCACAAGGCGCUAACCCUGGACCCAAAUCACACCAAGGCGCAUUUCCGUCAGGCGCGUUGCCUGUACGAGUUACGUUGGUGCCAAGAGGCCCUAUCUUGUCUUAAUCACUUCAAAGAGCGGUUCCCCGAUCAAGCCGAGGGCAGUGCAGCCAGGAGCCUGGAGCGGGACAUCAGGGCCGCCGCAUUCGCUGAGACCCAAGAAAAAGAGCCCGAGGAGCCAAGUGAACCAGAGACCAGCGGCAGCACACGUCGGCGCAGGCGCCUCAGCCUAAUCUCGGAUCAGGAAAAGUCACUUCGUUCAACAUCAUUCGACUACAGCCAGAGGUACUGCGGCCACUGUAAUACGACUACGGACAUCAAGGAGGCGAACUUCUUCGGUGACAACGGACAAUAUAUAGUCGCCGGUAGCGACGACGGAUCCUUCUUCAUGUGGGAUCGAAAUACCACGAACUUAAUACGCGUACUCAAAGGUGACGACUCCAUCGUCAAUUGCCUCCAGCCGCAUCCGUCGGUCUGUAUCCUAGCAACGAGUGGCAUUGACCCUGUCAUCAGGCUGUGGAGCCCGCGACCUGUUGAUGGCAGCGGCGAUACGCGGAAAGUCGACGAGCUAGAGGCGGCUGCACGCGCCAAUCAAAGACGCAUGAACGCUGACCCGCUAGAGGUCAUGCUGAUGAAUAUGGGAUACAGGACACGCCUUUCCGUGGCGGAGGGGAGCGACGACGAGAGCGAUGAGUUCCCCAUGGCUUGCCGCCCGAAUUGACAGAAUUACAGAACGCCUGAUUGACAUCUGCCAGUCAUGUUUGCCAAAAUAAUAUAGAUCGCGAGUUAAUGAGGAAGGUGAAUUAGUAAUGACUUGGCGCCCCAAUUUACUGAUGAAGUAUGAUUGACACAUGCCUGUUUAAAUUAAGCUCCUCUGAUGAUAAAAUAAACUAAGGACGUUAUUUCUACAGUAGCGAACGUGGUUAGAGGAGUUUACACAGCAAACGUUCGCAUCCUCAAUUGACCUUGAAAGCUGGAAAUCUCUCGUCGUGGUUUUAUGGAUAACAUCUGAAAUGUAUCAGACAGAACGCAUUUUCACGUGCUGCUAUAUUGAAUUCCGAAUCAAAUCCCAUUGUUUUCUGCCGUCGUCGUCCACGUUGCCGUCGUCGUUGCUUAAGGUCCCUAUUGGAAAAGGGGGUGGGGGCACAAUACAGAAGCUUUACACAUGACGAGUGCCAAGUUUGAAAUCACGUGCAGUGACACGGGCAGUCUGAUCGGGUACACGCUAGGCAAAAAAUCUCGAAAAUACGUUCGCCAUGUAUCAGGCUUCCUUUUGUUUGUCCGCUCACCAGAAGUCCAAAGACCCAAACAUCUCAUUUUCUUAUCAUUUUAUAAGCAAAACUGGUGGGGGAAUGGGGGUGGAUGCCGCACAGCGCUGUGACAGUUGGUUCUCCCUAUGUGACACAUGGUUAAUAUAAUAUUGGCACUUGUCAAUCAUUUUUUAAAUAAAAGCAAGAGGCAGUUCAAACCUUAGGCUAAGUUCAAACGUCGUAUUAUCCAUGAGCCGAAUUCAAUGCAAAUGCAUGCAAUACGACGUUUGAACUUAGCCUCAAGGAUAAAAAAAGAGCUAUGAAUUGGUAAUAAAACUUGCUGCAGAACACAAUCUACAUGGGACUCUAGACAUGUGCAGAUAGUGUUUCCGUAUGCUUCGGCAGACUUUAAUAAUGGAAAGGUCUUUCUCUGGUCGCUUUAAACAAAAACGGAUAAAAAAAAAUAAAUAAAAAGCAUAGAGUCCUGUCGUAUAAAGGCCAAACUCUCUAGAAUUAUAUACCUCAGACUAGUUCAAAUAAUAACUCAUUCAUUGUUCUAUAAUAGGAAAAGACAGCGCUAGAAUAAAACCCAUUUUGUGGCUUGGAAGCCA